AUGAUAAAUGGAACGAAUAAGAAAUUGAUCGAAAGGAUCAAAACUACGGCGACGGGUGUUACUCCAAUUCCACACGGAGACGUGCUCAAUCACACGACGACACCCAUACCCAGCGUUAAUUUAACGGGUUACACGUUCUCACCCAACAGUAACAUAAUAGACGUUCAAAACGGUUGGCAAUCGAAUGGAAACGACGUGCCCAGCACGAUAAUAACGACGCCGAACGACGUACCCGUCGUUCCGGCCAUAGUGAAAGGUUUUAUUAUGGGCACGAUCAUAGUGACGGCCGUUCUCGGAAACAUUCUCGUCAUAAUAAGCGUGAUAAGACAUAGAAAAUUGAGAGUGAUAACGAAUUAUUACGUAGUGAGUUUGGCCAUGGCGGAUUUAUUGGUCGCUUUGUGUGCCAUGACGUUCAACGCGAGCGUCGAACUGACGAACGGAAUGUGGCUGUUCGGGUAUUUCAUGUGCGACGUUUAUAACAGUUUGGACGUUUAUUUUUCCACGGCCAGCAUACUUCAUUUGUGUUGCAUAAGCGUGGAUAGAUAUUACGCCAUUGUCCGACCACUGCAAUAUCCGAUCACAAUGACUCACAGAACGGUGACGUUCAUGUUGGCCAACGUUUGGAUAUUACCGGCGUUGAUAAGUUUCACGCCGAUUUUUUUAGGUUGGUACACGACGGAAGAACAUCAGGAAUUUCGUAGAACUAAUCCUAAAGUGUGCAUAUUCGUCGUUAAUAAAUAUUACGCUUUGAUAUCCUCCGGAGUGAGCUUUUGGAUUCCGGGUGUUGUCAUGAUAAUCAUGUACUAUAAAAUAUACAAGGAAGCCGUCCGACAGAGGAAGGCAUUGAGCAGAACAUCAUCGAACAUCGUUUUGAAUUCGAUACAUCAACAUCGUCGACAAACUCAUCGCAUGCAUUAUCAACAUCAUCUUCAUCCGUGCGAAACCGGAAACCAGAUCGAAAUACCGGAUAAUCACAGGUAUUCGAUAACGAGCACGUACGGAUCCGUUAAAACUACGCCCACGGAAACGGAAAAUUUAAAGGAAAUAAAGUAA